CAAGUACGAAUUUGUUCGCUUCCAUCAUGGACGUCCCUGCCGCCUCAAAGUUUGGCCAGAAGCUUGCCCAUACAGACAAACAUGUCCGUGACAAGACUGUGAAGAGUCUGACGCAGUACCUCGCCAAAAAGAAGGAGUGGUCCGAUUUGGACUUGGACAAGAUCUGGAAAGCGCUGUUCUAUUGCAUGUGGAUGAGCGACAAGCCCAAGAUUCAAAACGAGUUGGCCGAGAACUUGUCCCAGCUCAUGCAUGCGUUCCCGUCGUCGACGUUGAAGACGCGGUUCAUCCACAGCUUCUUCAAGACGAUUCACCGUGAAUGGCACGGAAUCGACGGUCUCCGCCUCGACAAGUACUACUCGCUCAUUCGCAAGAUGAUGUUUCAAAGCUUCAAGUUCCUGCAAUCUGAAUGGGAUGAAGCACAAGCGUUCGCCUCGCACUUGUCGAGCGAAAUUCUAAGCAAACUGCCCAACGGACUCCGCUUGCACUUGUGCGACGUGUACGUCCAAGAGCUGCACAAGUCGGCCGGCGCGACCAUCGAGUCGGAGAACCUCGUCAUGCUCUUGGAGCCGUUCUUUACGCUCAUCAGCUCCGAAACAGACAAAAUCGUGACCAAGCGCGUCAACGACAUGGUGUUCCAGGUUCUCCUCACCGACUACGAGUUCCAAGACACGUUAAAGGACAAGGAAGUGGUUGCAUCGACCGACUCGGAGGACAACGACGAUGAAAGCGCCGAGGCGGACGAGCACAAGGUGUUUGGAGUGGCACACUUGGCCCAUGUCCAGCAUCGCAUCUUUAACUUGGCUGCUGCAGAGGACACGCAUGACCGGAACCGCAAUAUUUUGUACAGUAUUUAUUCGGCCUUGUACGCGGCGACCAAGGUGGACUCGGCCAAGAAGGACAGAAAGCGGUCGGCCGACGAUGGCGACGAAAAGUCCGCCACGAUUUCAAAAAAGCAACGACGAAAAGCCAAGGCGUCGAGCGCCAAGGAAGAGCCCGCCGAGAAAAUGCAGACAGUUGACGUGGAAUCCGCGACGAAAGAGGUCGUGACGACCAAAAAGGAGAAAUCUGCCCCCAAAAAGGAGGUUGCGUCACCAAAGAAGGAGGCGGUGCCGCCAAAGGAGGAACUUUCCCCGAAGAAGGUGGCCAAAAAGGAUAUCAAGGCUGCCGUCGCUGACCGAGAUGACGAUGUCAAGGUGGAAACCAAUGUCGCGCGAAAGAAGGGCGAUAAGGCCGCGUCAAAGAUGAGCGCAAAGCCCCCUGCGUCCCAGAAAGAACAGCCGACGCCGUACCCCCGAUGCACGAGCUGCGGCGGGUUUGGCAAGGGCUUGGUGCCUGUAAACAAGAGCAUGUGCACCCACUGCGAUCGGGAGAUCAAGCAGGAAGCCAAAGCCAAGACUGCGAAGGACAAGAAGCGAAAAGCGGCGGCCGUCGCAGAAGCAUCUGCAGAGGCCGAGGCGGCAGCUGAAGCGUCCAAGAAAGUUCGAUUCGGCACAAACAAAGCGCUUCCAUACGAGUUGUCGAUGAAGCGCAUGAAGAAGUCUGUGGAGAAAGAACUAGUUAAACCGGCGACAGGUAAGGGUGUGCUCAAGGUCAAGGAGAUCAUCGCGACGGCCACGAGCAAUGUCAAGAAGAACACGACACUGAAUGUGAAGCGGGCGCGGGCGGCGGACUUUUUCUAAGUGGAUGUAAUGAAUUGAACAACAAACAACCCAGUGUGCGUUU